AGCACAUCACAUGCUCCAGAUCAUCCAUUUCAGCCUGCAAUCCAGUUCACCAUCAGCCAUGGCAAUUGAUCUAAACACAAUACCAGAUGAAGAAGCUGAACAUCACUUGCCUGAUCUAAAUGGAGAACUACUAGAUGAGCAAGCAGAUGAAGUCCAUGUCCUGCAAGAUGAAGUCCUCCGGCUUCAAGAAGCUCAGUCCCAACUUCUCCAGGAAGAUGAGCAGGUUGCUAUGCAUGGAAUAGAUCUCAACAUUGAUCCUUCUGAGCUGCAACAACCUAAUGAAGACAUGACAGAGUACAUGCAAGACUAUGGCGUCGAUGCUGAUACUACAGACAUAGCCUUUCAUGAACAUGAGCAGGUUGCUAUGCAUGGAAUAGAUCUCAAUGUUGAUGCUUCUGAGCUGCAACAACCAAAUGAAGACAUGAUGGAGUACAUGCAAGACUACGGUGUCAAUGCUGAUAUCACAGACAUAGCCUUCUAUGACCAUGAGCAAGUUGCUAUGCAUGGAAUAGAUCUCAACGUUGAUCCUUCUGAGCUGCAACAACCAAAUGAAUAUAUGAUGGAGUACAUGCAAGACUAUGGUGUGGAUGCUAAUACUGUAGAAGAAGCCUUUGAUGAGGAUGAAUUAGACGACUCAGAUUUUGAAUAUGACCAUGCAAAUGAAAAUAUUUCACAUCAGUCCAGGAAUUUGACAGAAACUGAAAGGCAUAAAAUUUAUGCAGCAUUGCUCGAGAGAAGUAUGCAUGGAAGAUUAAAAAGGAACACUACAACUAGAGUUGCCGAAAUGUUACAAGGACUGCCGCAUCUGCGCGCGCGGUGUGCCGCGGCGUCCCACGCCAGCGUGGCGGGCCCCGCCGCGACGCCCGCGGCGAGCGGCACGCAGGGCGCCGCGGCCACGGCGUCCCGCGCCUUGGUGGCCAGCAGCCGCGCGUAG